AUGAGUGCCAUCCGAGGCUUUCUCAACGUCUUCAAAGCCCCUGCGGUCCAAGCGGGGACAAUCAUCAACCUUAAACCCCUCAGCGACUCCAGCGCUGCCACCCGCCUGGGCACAGCAUUCCUCCAGCGCUGCAACCCCUUCAUCAACAUCCCCAACGACGCGCGCCUCGAAAACACAUUAUGCGAAGUCCGAUACAUCGACCGCACGUUGCGCGACCUCAUGGUUCCUACAUCGUUACCCGGCGACGAUUAUAAUCUCUGCUCGAAAUUACUACGCAGUCUUGAAACGCGCCGCGAUUUAACAUGGCUUGUGCUUCGGGAAACGGAUAUUAGAGAUACCAUUAGCGCUAUUGCAAGAAGAGGUGGACGACGGGCUCCUAUUCCUGAUGAGCCGCAUGAUUUGCAUUCUAGAGUAAAAGCUCUUGAAAGUCAUUGGUCUGCGCUGGAAAAACGCCAUACCAAGCUUAGAGAGUGGGAACCUAGAUAUACCACGCAACCACAGCCGCCAUUGCUAGAGGGACAAGAGGAGUUUGAUCUCGACUUGAGCGAUGAGCAAGCUACACAUGCAGAGAUUGAGUAUCGCGAAUGGAGGUCUGAUCGGGAUAGAAAAGUCUCGUAUCUAAAACUCAAUCCUCCCGAGCCAUCAGCCUUCGUCCCCGUCGAACGUCGCGAAAUCCAAACCGACGAAACAUGGAAUAUCCUCCCUACGUCAAACAGCCACCGCAGCAAACGUCUCCUACCGGUCUGGACACCGAUUAUUUUCCAAGAAGUCCCGCUUGACUGGGAGAGUCCAGAAGGUGCUUUGCUAAGUACCCGGGCGGAGAGAAGACGACGGGACGAGUUUAGAAGAAGAGAGAAUAACCGACGAGAGAAGAAGUAUGAGUUUCAACGAAAGCUUUUGAAAGAGAUGAGCGCUGCAUGA